AAUUUUGAAACGAUCGCCACUCUGUUGGCUGUUCAGGCAUAGUGUGCUCAGGUUCCGCUUUUCAGCCAAAGGUUGAUUUGAUUUACUCUCUCAAAAUCGGAACUUCCCGUUUGUUGCAAAGUAUGAUGACGAUAAAGAAUUACUGAAAAACCAGAGAUUGUGAAAAUCAAAUCUCACACCGUAACUUUCGAUAUGGAGAGAUUGUGCAAAUGCCGUGAGAGUUUCAACACGAAAAUAAUAAUGGCAAAAUCACGUACCUGCACAUGCUGAUGUUAAUUGGGCAACGGGGCUUUGAAUGAAUACCUAAUAUAUUCAUGAUCUGUCGCUCGCUGUGAUCAUGUGGAGACUGAUGUGCUUCCGGCUUCCGUCGAUGCCCCGCAGGGUCUUGCUGCGGAAGAUCUUGCCCGUCCUUUUGAGUUUCGUGGUCAUGACCGUCCUCACGUUUCAAGAAGUCUUCGAUCUGGUGCAAGUGCUUCACCGACCGAAUGCGCUAACCGACAAUUCCUACUAUCAUCACGCCUUCGAAAGGGACGCUGGGCGAGCCUUCCGUAAUACCACGUCGCCCGAUGACUUCCCGUUCGAGUACUUGAUCAACGAACCCGAGUUCUGCAGCAGCAAGGAGGACCUCGACAUCAUCAACUUCGUCGGCGUGGCCCCGUGGGAGAAGAGUGCGCGAGAACGUAUCAGGAGGCUCUGGGGCAACAGCACCUGGAGAAGCGUAUCUGGGUUCAGCACCGUGUUCCUGGUGGGGACGACAAACGAGGAGGGCGUCAUGGAGGCGGUGCAGAAGGAGAGCCAGGUACACAGGGAUAUAAUCCAGAUCUCUUUCCGCGACACCUACGACAAUCUGACCCUCAAGACGCUCUCGGGGUUACACUGGGUCGACCGCUACUGCACGAACCCAACGUGGGUCCUGAAGAGCGACGCAGAUGUUGUCAUCAAUAUCUUCGAACUUAAAGACUUUCUAACGCAGUACGAUGAAAAAAACAAUGGCACCAGGCAGCAGAUGAUCUGUAAACGCAGACAAUCUCUCAGUCCUUGUCGGAAGGGCUGUCGACAUACGAAGUGGCAGGUCUCGUGGGAAGAGUACCCGCAUCCGCGAUACCCAAGCUAUUGUCAAGGACCCGGCUAUAUUAUUCCCAGACACCUGGUGAGAAGCCUCUAUCGCGCCGCCAACAAGACCCACCCCUUCCGCAUGGAGGACGUGUACUACACCGGCAUCCUGGCGCAAAAACUGGGCAUCAGUAAAGUGAACAUCGCCCACCGCUUCCCCUGGCGUCCGAGAGCGUGGCAAGAUUCCUUCGUCACCACAGACAUCAUGAUCCUCGAACUGGACAAGGGCGUGGGCAGGGGCGCGUCGACUCUCGUGUGGUCCAACAUCCUUCACAACAAGGGCUUCAAGGAUGAAUCCUGCGCUAAUGUGACGGGAAACUUUAAUGUCUCCGCGUCCUGACGAGUGCAUUUCAACUGAAAAUACUAUUCGAGGGAUAAUUUAUUUCAAGAGGGAAUUUCAUGGAAUCUGACUUUUAUUAUUAUCACAACUGAGAGAGGAUAACUUUACCCGAUCAGAUAGUGUGUGGGGCUAUUCGUGCCUAUGGACACGUGUAUGUUGUAAAACAACCUAAAUGUUACAUAAUAAGGGUGAUCGAAGAGCAGCUGUACAGACCUUGUACUGAUAUUUUGAUCAGCAAUUUGCUGAUAAUACUUCGAAACUCUUACGAAAUCUAUACUUAUAUAUACUUCCAUUUUGAGUCUGACGUAAUCUAAAACGUGAUUAUUUUGUCUUAUAUUUUACUUCUAAUUAAAGUGUAUUACAUAUUCA